AUGGUGCUUUCCAUGACAGAGGCGUACGUAACCCUGAAUAUUCAAAACACGAACCAUAUGAAAGAAUCAGUCGAGAUGUUCAUGCGAUUCCCGAUAGAACUUACCGAUGGGGUUCCCAUCAGGUCAACUCUGUUCCGGGGGCACGGCUGCAUCGUAGCCGUGAUGGUGCUGAAUCACAUCAUUUCUGACGCAUGGUCCACCACUAUACUUGAGCAGGAGCUCAGCGCUAUAAUGGAGAAGCUUUACCGCGGUGAUCGCCCUUCAAUCUAUAGGCAAAAGCAUUCUUAUAGGGACUAUUGUCUGAAGAAGGGAAAAGAGGUGAAAUUAGAAGAACCGUACAUCAAUGAGCUGGUGAAUGCAGAAGAGAUCCCUCUCGACGAGGGUGAAGGAGAAGUGGAACUGUUGCGCUUUGAGUUCUCGGAAACGGUAGCACAACGAUGGACGAAGCGCUGUGGUGCCUCCCUAUUUGUUGUUGUAUUGAUGAUGCUUUCAAACAGCAUAAUGAACAUUUUCGGGCUUCGAAGUGUCAAUAUCGGAGCUCCACAUUCGAAUCGUACAACAGAAACAAAAUCGAUAGUCGGAUAUUUCCUCAAUAAUUUGGUGUUUCACAUAAGGAAACAGGAUGAUGAUUCAACUGCACUUCAGACGCUGCAACGGCACGUCGCUGACGUUUUGUUGAAAAAUGCACCUUUUCCGCAAUUGGUAAAUUCGGCACGUCAUCUAAAAAGACACCUAAAGCCACUGUUCCAUGUUUACUUCAACUGUAGAUAUGACUUAGAGGUUGACGAAGCCGACGAUGAAGAAAUAAUUUCUAUGCUUCCUGUGACUUCCGCAUUUCCACUGGAGAUUGACCUUGAAAAGUGCAGUAGUGGCUAUCGUAUGACUCUCAGAAUGCAGAAAUGUUUCCCUGGCGAGCUUGGAAAACGAAUAAUGGAGGACAUCCGACUUCAGCUUCAGUUUGAUGCUCUCCCACCGCCGCUGCAAUCAGAUGCUUGCAGUGGACCAACGUGCUUGGAAGUUACUUUGCAGCUGGCACGCAAAGUUUUAGGAGUGGAAACAAUCGACGGGAACGAGAACUUCUUCUCCGCUGGUGGAAACUCGCUACAAGUGAUUGCAUUUGUGGAGAUGCUCGAGGAAGCUUUGAAUGUGGAAGUAGAAAUCGCUGAGAUUUAUCAAAUGAAGUCGUUCUCAGAGUUAGCCAAACAGCUGCAGUCCAUGCGCGUAGUACGAGAUGAGGAUAGCCAUGAAGCAGUAUUACCUCAAACUAAAGAAUAUUCCACGGAGCUAUUCCGCACCAAGACGGAUUCAAGGAAGAGAUCGACCUUCAUAACGAGAAGCUUAAGUGAAACUCCUACAGUUGGCCUAUCGGAUUUCCUUCUUAAACUUGAGAGCUACGGGUCAAGAGCUUCUAUAAUCGAGCACGGCGUUUCAGAAGUCACCUAUACCGAGUUGACGUGUUUAAUAAAGCGCCAAGCAGCCUCGAUCAGGGGCUCCUACUGUCAGAUCACAGGUGAGAUUCUGCGCAAUGACACAAUAAUACCAGUCAUUGGUAACGGUUCCGGCUCCACUAUCACUACCUGCCUCUCAUAA